AUGUCUUCUCAAGGUAACCAUCACACACCUCACAACUACACCACAUCUAACAUCACAGAAUCCAAACCCAACGGCUACAUAGACCCCAACUUCCCCAACCCCCACGGCCCACACGACGUCCCCAUCAUAAUCUACGGCUUCACCCCGUCUUUCGCACUCGCCCUCUUCGCAGCAAUCUGGUUCACAGCCUUCUUCCUCAUCCACACCAUCCAGCUCACCAUCCACCGAACAUGGUACUUCUCCAGCUUCACCAUCGGUCUCCUCUUCGAAAUAACAGGCUACAUCGCCCGCAGCCUCUCUGCGAAACUCGACCCCUACCAUCUCAUCUACUUUGUCCUAAACUACUUCUUCAUCGUCACGGCGCCUGUAUUCCUCGCCGCAGGCAUCUACACCAUUCUGUCUGUCCUGAUAUCCCGCCUAGGCACAAAGUACACACCCCUGUCAUCAAAGUUCAUACUGUGGUUCUUCAUUACAUCCGAUGCAGUCGCUACUAUUACCCAAGUGGCUGGUGCAUCGUUGAUUGGCUCUAAAACAAGCAAGCAUGAGGACCCGACGACCGCGAAUAACAUCCUCGUAGGAGGGUUGGCCUACCAAGUCUUUAGUAUGAGUGUGUUUGUGCUUGUUGGCGGUUCGUUUCUAUGGCGAGCUAGAAGGGUGUUGCGGAGGAAGAAACUGGUUGGAUUUGCUGUGGUGUUUUGCACGGCUACAUUGUUGGUGUAUUUGAGGACGGUGUUUCGGCUGGCAGAGACGGCGGAGGGGUUAUUUGGGUCUUUGCAGACGCAUGAGGUUUAUUUUGCGGUGCUGGAAUUUGCACCGGUGGCGGCUGCGGUGGGAUUAUUUGCGGGAUGGCAUCCGGGACGAUGUUUGGGAGGGAAGAAGAUUGAUCUGCAGGAGGAUGGGAAGAGGUAUCGACGUGUUGCCAGGGUGUAG